GCGUGGGGGGAGCAGAUGCCGCGGGCUGCGAGCGGGAGCCGGGCGCCAGCAGAGCGCAGCCGCGAGCGAGGCGCGGGGGAGGCGAGCCGGAGCCCUAGCGCUGGCAGCCGCCAGUGUCGGCGGAGAGCACCCGGGCGCAGCCGGAGCCGGAGCGCUAGCAGCAGCCAGCGUCGGUGGAGCGCACCCGGGCGCAGCCGCAGCCGCAGCCGCGAUGGCCGUGGCCGUGGGGAGACCGUCUAAUGAAGAACUUCGGAACUUGUCCCUUUCUGGCCAUGUUGGAUUCGACAGUCUCCCUGAUCAGCUGGUCAACAAGUCUACGUCGCAAGGCUUCUGUUUCAACAUCCUGUGUGUCGGGGAGACGGGCAUUGGCAAAUCCACGUUAAUGGACACCUUGUUCAACACCAAAUUUGAGAGUGACCCAGCUACUCACAAUGAACCGGGUGUCCGGUUGAAAGCCAGAAGUUAUGAGCUUCAGGAAAGCAAUGUCCGGCUGAAGUUAACCAUUGUUGACACCGUGGGAUUUGGAGAUCAGAUAAAUAAAGAUGACAGCUAUAAGCCGAUCGUGGAGUACAUCGAUGCCCAGUUCGAGGCCUACCUGCAGGAGGAGUUGAAGAUUAAGCGUUCUCUCUUCAACUACCAUGACACCCGGAUCCACGCCUGCCUCUACUUCAUCGCCCCCACUGGACAUUCACUGAAGUCCCUGGACCUGGUGACCAUGAAAAAGCUGGACAGUAAGGUUAACAUCAUUCCGAUCAUUGCGAAAGCUGACACCAUUGCCAAGAACGAAUUGCACAAAUUCAAAAGCAAGAUCAUGAGUGAACUCGUGAGCAACGGGGUCCAGAUAUACCAGUUCCCCACGGAUGAGGAGACGGUGGCGGAGAUCAACGCGACCAUGAGCGUCCAUCUGCCGUUCGCUGUGGUCGGCAGCACCGAGGAGGUGAAGAUCGGCAACAAGAUGGCCAAGGCCCGGCAGUACCCCUGGGGUGUGGUGCAGGUGGAGAACGAAAACCACUGCGACUUUGUGAAGCUGCGGGAGAUGCUGAUCCGCGUGAACAUGGAGGACCUGCGCGAGCAGACCCACACCCGCCACUACGAGCUGUACCGGCGCUGUAAGCUCGAGGAGAUGGGGUUCAAGGACACGGACCCCGACAGCAAGCCCUUCAGUCUCCAGGAGACAUACGAAGCGAAGAGGAAUGAAUUCCUGGGCGAACUGCAGAAGAAGGAAGAAGAAAUGAGACAGAUGUUUGUGAUGAGAGUGAAGGAGAAAGAAGCAGAGCUUAAAGAGGCGGAGAAGGAGCUGCACGAGAAGUUCGACCUGCUAAAGCGGACACACCAAGAAGAGAAGAAGAAGGUGGAAGACAAGAAGAAGGAGCUGGAGGAGGAGGUGAGCGCCUUCCAGAAGAAGAAGGCGGCCGCUCAGCUCCUGCAGUCCCAGGCCCAGCAAUCGGGGGCCCAGCAGACCAAGAAGGACAAGGAUAAGAAAAAUUCUUGACCGGGACCCACAAGUCCUGAGCCACGGGAAAUGAAGCGCAAGCAAGUACAUAUCCUCUCCCAGAGAACAGCACUAUUUGCUGCACAAUGGUCUGAUUCACACGGUCUUCCCAGUCACCCAGGUGGCUUCGCCCACAACAUCUGUAAAAAAUACUUGCUGUGAAUCAAACCGCCGAAUCCCUUAAAACCACUCACGUCCCAACACGUGUGCGCUGUGCGCCUGGCAUGGCUCACGCUACUGGCACAGCUGACUACUAGAUUAGUCUUCACCUCUCAGGAAGUUUCUAUACUCAAGGGACAGUUUUCAAAUUGCUAACUACUGUGCAGCAUGGACAUGCAUUUUGAGUUACCUUCCAUUGUUUGUCUAUGGCUUUGCAUAUUCCCAUCUUCAUUCUUCAGCCCCAUGGAAGGCAGAUCAUGAAAAUACUAUGUAUUGCAUUUGGUCUCGAUCCCCAGGAGGGUCCCCCUCUGGAGAAGAAAGGCACCACAUGCCCCUGUCGGGCAGUGAGAUGAUGAAGCCACAGCCCCUGCCUCUUGAAUCAUCUGAUUCCUAGAAAGAGGCUACUUGGAGCAAUUGGAUGACAUGCUGGCCAACAGCUUUCUUAGACAGAAACUGUUACUAAAUACAAGUAAAGUGGGAUUCACCUGUGCUAUUAGUGAUCAAAACAUGAGUCGAGAACCAUCCCCUGCAGCCUACCCAAUCCGUAAGGACAGGAAUCUGCUAGUGAUGUGACCGGUGGGUGGGUGGGUAGGGGAGGGGGAGCAUGGCAUAUUGUCAGUUUGUAGGUUAAAUAUGUAUUUCCUAUUGUGAGACCACUGUAAUCGUUAAGUACAAUUGAUGUUACUCUUAAGCUCUUAAUAUUUUAAUACCAGCUUUAUCCUCUCAUUUUAAAAACAUUCUACAUCAGGUUGUAAAGGUAUGUUUUUAAGCAAUGUAUAAAAAUCAAAUUAGCAUCUUUUUGAACAUACAGAAAUGUGUAGUCUUUGUACAUGUUCCCAUUUUGGCCCCCUGGUUAGAAGUAUAAGCAUCCUCAUCUUGACAGGGGAGGGUGAGGAACAGAGUGGUCCUAAGAGGUUGUAAGGUAGGUUGGCCUCUGUCCGGUUACCUAGGAAAAGCUGGGCCUGUCCCACGAGGCUGAGCGCCUCGCCCGGCUCGCCUGAGAUGACUGCCAUCGAGCUGGCAUUGUCCCUCGGGCGGUGUCCUUUCUCCAGUGCUGAUAACGGACGGCUUCUCAAGUUCUCCUGGCUGACCUACCAAAGGAUGUGAAGCCAUCCAAGGAUAAUUAUCAGCAAUGAUAAAAAUGACUGGCUUAUCUUGAACUAGAACGUGGAAAAGCAACGCAGGGAGAAAAGGGCCACUGGUACCUAUUUCCACCUGCAGCAGGCCUUUAGGCCUUUAGGCCUUUUUAUCUUUAAAAGAUACUGCGUGAUUUCAGAUGCACUGCCUGCUUACCCAAGUGUAGUCUAGAUGGGCUGUAGAUACACAGCCGGCCUUUAAGGGAGAGCUGCCCCUCUGACUCAGGAUGUGCUGGGCUAGGGCAGAUAAAACAAUUCCUCAUCCCAGUAAGUCUGACCAACUCCCCAGCCCACCCUGGGCAGUACUGACCAAGUGAAACUUUGCUUCUUCCUUAUUUUAAUUUUGUCCCAGAUCAUGGGCGAACAGUUCUGGAGAUCUGAAAAGCUAAGUGCAUAAUUUUCACCAUGUAGGUAUUUAGAUCACCUAUUUUGCAAAUGUCUUACCAUCUUUCCACCCUGGAGAGGCACAGCAAUGGCAGUGUGGCUCACUUUAAAGAUCCCUGUGCUUGAAUUCUGAAGACUAUGCUACAUAGUCCUUGUGACUCAUUCCAUCUGGCUUUCAGAUCAAUCUCUAGCCAGCAACUGGCAUGCCCAGGGCUGACAAAAGGAUCAAAUGUGUUCAUGUGUAAGUCUAGCUAUCCCUUCACUGCCCUUGCCAACCCUGCUAUUCCAAUAGCUCUGUACAAAGAUGUUGUCCGUGGAACAUUAUGUGAGGUUCAAAAGAUUUAGUAUCUAGCUCACAUCACUUACUUUCAGUCCACUGUGGAACCACUUUCAAAAUUAUGGGACCUAGAUUAGGGGAGGUAGAAGCUAUGUGGUGGCCCAUGAACCACAAAGAACGAGUGAGUGUGUAUGGGGAAAGCAGAAUAUCCAUGGAGCUGGGCUUACCCCAUUCAUUCUCGGUACGGUUUCAGAGUUGCAGUUCAAGCUUCUUUUUUAAACAUUCACGUUAUGUACAUACACUUCCCUCCUCCUCUCCAAGCAUUUCACUGUGUACUACACCAGGCCUACCAUGCACUGUGAAUUGCACUUUGUCUUAAAAGCAUAGCAAAUUUCUGGAGUAAAGGAAAAGGUAAGCACUUUCUACAUUAACUUCUUGAAAAGACAUCCUAUCCUGCAAGCUAACUGUCCCAUUCACCAGCAGUCACAUUUCAGUGGUUGCUAGCCUAAGGUUGCCCUGAACAUGUUUUCAAGGAAUGAGAAACCAGCUCCCUGGGUCUAGGAUUACUCCAAAUUCUACUACUGCCUGUGUGCACACAGUAAGGUCUGCCGUCGGGCAUGGGAUUUGCUAUGAUGUUAUAUAUUAAGCCAAGGGGAAGAAAGAGGUUCUCUCUUCAUCCUGAACUUAGGUGCUCCUGGGAACUUAGAGUCAUGAGCUCUUCUCAAAUUUCUAAUAAGACACUCUUGGUGACUUAUGCCUUUUCAAGUAAAGAGUAAUUCUUAUCAAGCACUUCUGUUCUAAUGAAUGGUCAACUCCAACUAAAAGCAAGGGCUAAGGACUUGGGUAUUUCUAGGUUGGGUCCGUACACAACUCUAGGACAAAAAAGUGGAAAACUGGUUCUGUUUUGAGCUGAAACUUAAUGUCCAACCAUCAUUUGCUUUUUUUUUUUUUUUUUAAGAUUUAAUUUAUUGGGUCCUGCACCAUGGUGCGCUAGGUUAAUCCUCUGCCUGUGGUGCCAGCAUCCCAUAUGGGCACCAGGUUCUACUCCCAGUUGCUCCUCUUCCAGUCCAGCUCUCUGCUGUGGCCUGGGAUAGCAGUGGAGGAUGGCCCAAGUGCUUGGGUUCCUGCACCCACAUGGGAGACCAGGAAGAAGCACCUGGCUCUUGCCUUUGGAUUGGCACAGCUCCGGCUGUCGCGGCCAUUUGGAGAGUGAGCCAUCGGAAGGAAGACUUUUCUGUCUGUCUCACUGCCUGUAACUCUGUCAAAUAAAAUCUUUUUAAAAAGAAGAUUUAAUUUAUUUGAAAGGGUGAGAAAGAGGUCUUCCAUCCCUGGUUCACUCCCCAAUUGGCUGCAAUGGCCAGAGCUGCACCGAUCCAGAGCUAGGAGCCAGGAGCUUCUUCUGGGUCUCCCAUGAGGGUGCAGGGUCCUUGGGCUAUCUUCUAGUUUUCCCAGCCAUAGCAGAGCGCUGAAUCGGAAGUGGAGCAGCCAGAACGUGAACUGGUGCCCACAUGGGAUGCUGGCACUGCAUUACCUGCUAUGCCACAGUGCCAGCCUCAUCAUUUGCUUCUUAUUCUAGUGUAAGUCUCUUGUACCUUAAGUGAUGGCCACUUAAACUGCAAAUGUUCAUGUACUGGCUCAGGAAGGCCUGUUACCAUAUACUAACCACAAGGGAUUCAGUGUCUCCCAGAAAUUUAAAGAUCCUCUUUUCUUUUUCUAGAAGCACCACCUAGUGGCCAAAGCUCCUGCCUUAAUAACAUAACCUAAAGGCUAAUCUCAAAGAAUUUGAGGCUUUAGAAAUUGCACAUUAGACAAAACUUCCAUGAUGUGAAAUAUAAAGGCUAAGUUUGAGAGGACUUAGAAGUUGAACUUUGGUUAAGAAUUCUUAGCUACAAUGAAUUACGCAAUUAACACAGGCUAAUAUAAACUUGAGGAUGCUUAUUUGGCACAGGGCCUUCCUUUUCAGGUUGAAAAUGUACACACUAAGGGAAAACCAGCUCCCCUUCGUGUUGGCUGAGUAUCUAGCAAGACUGCUUUGGGCAGUAAUGCUCAAGCACCACUUGCCUUCUUGCUUCAGGAACUCCAGAAUGAUUACGUUGGGCAACCUGGAAAAUCCAGGUAUGUGAUGUGUACACAGGAUGCAUACAUAGAGGUGGUUGGUUCUACCAUAGAGGAUGCAUACAUAGAGGUGGUUGGUUCUACCAUAGAAGAGAAACGGACUUGGGAGGACAGACAACAAUGUCUUAAUUUUCUCAACAGUGUGAAUGUAGGCUCUGAUUCUCAUCAGCUUGGCAGAAUAAAGAGCUACCCUCCAGCUUCCUUCAGACUCAAAGGCGCUCUUAGGAACAAGUUCUUUUUUAAUUUUUUUUUUAUUUUUUGACAGUUAGGUCUUUUUCCGUUGGUUCACCCCCCAAGUGGCUGCUGGGCUGGCGUGCUGCGCCAAUCUGAAGCCAGGAGCCAGGUGCUUCCUCCUGGUCUCCCAUGUGGGUGCAGGGCCCAAGCACUUGGGCCAUCCUCCACUGCUUUCCCGGGCUACAGCAGAGCUGGACUGGAAGAGGAGCAGCCGGGACAGGACCGGCGACCCAACCGGGACUAGAGAACCCAGGGUGCUGACGCCACAGGCGGAGGAUUAGCCAAGUGAGCCGCGGCACUUGGAAGCACUGCUCGUUCCCAGCUCUGCCUUCUCCCUCUAAUAUAAUGACUAAUAAUACUACACUGAUAUAAGACAGUCCUCUGCCUGCAGAGGAAACAUCAAUCUUUUGGAGAAUGGGGUAUUUAGCAUCUCCUAAUCUAAUCUCUGGGACCAGGGCACAUUCUUUGACUUUUUCUGUUGGAAGAUUUGAGGAUAACUUUACCUUUCCAGAGGCUUCCCGGAGUAAUAGGAUUUUUUAACCAGAAAAUUGUGAUUCAUAAAGCUUCAGUUUUCCAGAUCUUGGAAGAGUUUGUGAUGCAAUGCUAAGUAACAUGGGACAGGCUAAGAAUAGUUUCAGGUACAAGAACAAAUUUAACAGUAGCAGCGCUGUUAAUGGAUGUUCCACACUACUCAAGAGUACUGUGCUGCUUCUCUCUCAAGCCAAAGUUCUCCAAAGAGCCUACAGUAAGUAGAUUGUAAAGAAGGGAAGGUGUAGUUGAACAGAUGCUCUGGGCUCUCCAAGUACAAUCACUGAACUGGGGCUGGGGUUAAAUCAGCUGUGAGGCAAGAGAGCCAGCAGCCAUUUAUUCCACCUGACUCAAUGUCCCCUAUACAUAGUGCUGUGUUCCAAAUCAAUUGCCAGCAGUUCUUAAUCCUAGAAAACCUGAACAUCAAGCAAGAAAAAGUCCUACUGUCCUCUAAAAUCUGUUCAGCUUGCAGGUAUUGGACUACAAAUGAAAUAUUCUGACCCUGGACUCAAUUUUAUCCCUAGCUCUCUAACAUAUCGAAAUAGCUACCAUUUGUUUCAUUUUGGGUCUGUGAGGCCAACCCCGGGCUAUACUCACACACACGGAGUUUCCCUUAUUUUUGUUUUCCUUAGCUGAAUAGCAGUGCCUGAGCAAGCAGAAAAAAGUCACAGAUAACCAAGGUUAAGGACAACUUUUAUUGCUACCAGAGGCUUUUAACAUCAGGACAUGGUUCUGACUGUAGUGCCGCCUUCAGACUGCAAAGGGAGCUCAGGAUCCAGAAGUCAUUAAGAGGAACAAAGGUAGGUUGGGGAGAUGGGAAGUAACUUUCAUCAAGAAAAUCCCAAUACAGAAUUAAAACUAGGGUACUGAAUUUAGUUAGUACAUGUAACACUCAAAUCAUAGAGCUGCCCAACAUCUAGACAUUCUCCUACUGAUUAUAAAUGAGUGGAAACCCAUCAGUUACAAAAACCUAAUUUUAGUUGUUACAUAUUUCUUUGGUGAGCACCUUGAUAUAUUAACUUUAUCACAAAUUCUUUUAUAUACAAAUGUCAAAAAUGCUUUCAGCAAAUCUAUGGGUGACCUAAUAUGUGCCACUUUAAAAAGCAUCUCUUAAAGACAGUGAUUUUUGCUUUCAAACAAUAGAAACUGAAAUAAGCAAAGUGGUAUUGUGAGCAAUUUUCCUAUUACCACUUCUUACUUCACACAGGACAAUUCCAUAGUACCUUUCUCAAACUAGGUAGAAUUUGAAUCAGGAUUAAACAUGGCCAUUAAGCUGAAAUAAUUGUUUUAAAAAUUGGGGGUGGGGCCCUUUUCGGUGGAUAUUGGGGUAUAGAUCAACAUGCAUAAAAUUCAUUAUUCAAUGGAGAAGCAGGCAAAAGCAACAGGAAAAUUUGGAUGCUGGGGAUAGGAUUUGCAAGCUAUGAAUUCUAAAAUUUAAAGAAAAA